AUGGCGUCUGCCGCAGGGAGUAGCGGAGGCGGGAACAACAUCAAAGUUGUUGCCCGUUUCCGUCCUCAGAACAAAGUCGAGAUCGCAAAUGGAGGCCAGCCUAUUGUCCAGUUCGCAGGCGAGGACACGGUCCAGCUUCAGUCCUCCGAGACCAAUGCGCCUUUUACCUUCGAUCGAGUCUUUGACAUGUCCUCCCAACAAGCCGACAUUUUCGAUUUCUCCAUAAGAUCUACCGUGGAAGAUGUCAUGAAUGGCUACAAUGGCACCGUCUUCGCCUACGGCCAGACGGGUGCUGGAAAGUCUUAUACAAUGAUGGGAGACAUGGACGAUUCGGACAAGAAGGGUAUCAUUCCUCGCAUCACCGAACAGAUCUUCGAUUCUAUCCUCGUUCACGGCUCAGCGCAAAUUGAAUAUACCGUCGGCAUAUCCUACUUGGAAAUUUACAUGGAACGGAUACGCGAUUUACUGAACCCGGUCAUGGACAAUCUUCCCAUCAACGAAGGCCCAAGGGGACCAUAUGUGAAAGGGUUGCGUGAGAUUUAUGUCAACACGGUGGAGGAAGUCUAUACAGCUAUGCAUCUCGGGCAGAGGUCAAGAGUCACCGCGUCCACCAACAUGAAUUUGGAAUCGUCGCGCUCACAUUCGAUAUUCUUGGUCACCAUAAAUCAGAAAGAUGUCAACACCGGGUCGCAAAAGAGUGGUAUGCUAUAUCUUGUGGACUUGGCAGGGUCAGAAAAGGUCGGCAAGACGGGCGCAAGUGGACAAACGCUGGAAGAAGCAAAGAAGAUCAACAAGAGCUUAAGUGCGCUGGGAAUGGUCAUCAAUGCCCUGACGGACGGCAAAUCAACACACGUCCCCUAUCGAGACUCCAAGUUGACCAGAAUUCUGCAAGAAAGUUUGGGCGGUAAUUCAAGAACAACCCUGAUUAUCAAUUGUUCCCCCAGCAGUUACAAUGAUGCCGAAACCGUCAGCACCCUGCGAUUUGGUAUGAGAGCAAAGACAAUCAAGAACAAGGCCAAGAUCAACGCCGAAUUGAGUCCGGCAGAGCUCAAGCGCCAACUCAAGCUCGCUCAGAACCAGACCAUGACCUUCGAAAAGUAUAUUGCCUCGUUGGAUUCGGAGUUACAGCAAUGGCGGAAGGGCGAGACGGUUCCGAAAGAAAAAUGGGUGCCUCCGUUGGGUGGCACUGGGCAGAAGUCGGACGCCAAGGCACGACCAGACACCCCUUCAAGAGCACCUUCAGAACUUCUCAGAUCAGAUACCCCUAGUAGACCCGACUCCCGGACUGGCGAAAGAUCAAGCACGCCCAGUAUUAUACUCGAGAAAGAUGAGCGAGAGGAAUUCUUGCGACGAGAGAAUGAACUUCAAGAUCAGCUUACCGAGAAGGAGACACAGGCAGCCAACGCGGAGCGAAGCCUUCAAGAAGCUCGAGAGGAACUCAAAUCGUACAAGGAAGGGGCCAUGCGGACGGCCAAGGAGAACGAGAGCAUGGCGGAUAAACUAAACAAGACACAAUUGGAGUUGCAGAAGCUGUCGUACCAGAGCAAGGAAGAUGCAAUUACAAUGGAGGGCUUGAAAGACGCCAACUCGGAACUAGAGGCGGAGCUGAUUUCCGUCAAACAGCAGUUGCUCGAACUCAAGAUGAGCGCCAAAGAGACCACGGCGGCUUUGGACGAAAAGGACCGCAAGAAGAAAGAGAAGAUGGCAAAGAUGAUGGCGGGCUUUGACCUCGGCGACAGUGCAUUCUCCGACAAUGAAGAUCGCAUGCGAGAGAUGCUAGAUCAAGUGGACGCUUUGCACGCCGCAAGCCUCAAUGGCGAAGCUGUACCAAGCCAUGUUUUGGAAGAUCUUCGCUCAAAAUUGUUGGAAUCGCAGACGCUCGUGCGACAGGCAGAGAAAUCUCUCAAUGACCGGGCCGAGGACGAACACGAGGACCGAACAAUCGCGCUGGAAGAGAAACUGGCCGCGGUGCAACAGGAUUACGAAGGCCUGUUGACUCGAAAUCUGGGCCCUGAGGAUAUGGAAGAUGUCAAAGGACGACUCGAGCAAUUAUUCUCAGACCGACAGGAUACGCAGAGCGAACUUGUCCACGACCUACGAGAUCAGCUCACGCACAAGUCGCAAGAAAUCGAGCGGUUACAGAAGACCAUCACAGAUCUCCAGUCCAGGGGUACUGCCAAUGGCGCUGGUGUGUCCAACGGUGUCACAAGCAAGACUUUGCAACAACAAAUUGCCGACUUCGAGUCGAUGAAGAAGAACCUGAUGCGUGACCUGCAGAAUCGGUGCGAGCGGGUGGUGGAGUUGGAGAUUUCGCUCGAUGAGACGCGAGAGCAGUACAACAACGUGCUCCGAUCGAGUAACAACCGCCAACAACAGAAGAAGAUGGCGUUUUUGGAGCGCAACCUGGAGCAACUCACAGUGGUCCAGAGACAGCUUGUCGACCAGAACACGAGCCUGAAGAAGGAAGUCGCGAUUGCGGAGCGAAAACUGAUUGCCCGAAAUGAACGGAUCCUGAGUCUGGAGAGUCUGCUGGCGGAAAGCCAAGACAAAUUGACAGCAGCUAACCACAGGUUCGAAGCACAACUUGCUGCAGUCAAGGAACGUCUCGAAGCGGCAAAGAUAUCAUCAAGAAACAUGGCAACUGGUGGAGCCGGUGCGACGGGUGGAUUCAACAGCCUGAUGAACGCCGGCGCAAGGAUAGCCAAACCUCUCCGCGGAGGCGGUGGUGCACCAUCCAAUCUUGACGGAGCCAAUGGCGCGCCCAGCUUACCGAUCAUCUCGAACUUGGCCGGGUCUGAAGGAAACAAACGGAGCAGCUGGUUUUUCAACACAAAUCGAUGA